AGCCUUUUUAACGAGAAAACCAUGCAACUUGAUAUCAACAAUGCGUUUCUCCAGGGCAUUCUCACUAAUGAAGUUUAUGUUUCUCAACCUCGUGGUUUCGUGGUUCUAGAUAGUUUUUCAUCAUGUGUGCAGACUCAAGAAAGCUGUGUAUGGUCUGAAACAAGCUCCAAGAGCUUGCUUGGUACCAAGAACUUAAGACGUAUCUAACGCAGAUGGGUGUGUUCACAAUUCUCUAGAUGACACCUCAGUUUUUAUCUACAUUCACGGAUAUCAUAUCUUGUACAUCUUAGUGUAUGCUGACGAUAUUAUACUCACCAGGAGUAAGACUACUUUGCUUGAUGGUUUUAUACGAGUUCUUUUUGCAAGGUUCUCUCUAAAAGGCCCCACUAAUCUGUUGAGGUCAAAAACAGUAAUCUGAAAAUAAACGUCCAAGAUUGCAUCUCUUAAAGAAUUUUUUUUGAAAUAAUUACAGAAAAUUCUUAAGUAGAAAACUCUAGAGUAACAAAAACGAGCGCAUUAGCAUGCGGCCAACCUCGCAGUUGGAUCGACCUCGUACCUCUCGCCAUUAGGCGAGUUGGAUCAACCUAAUCCAAUUCGCCUGAUGGCGAGUUUGAUCAGUCCCAAUUAACUAGCUCUUAGCUCUUCCUUCGGUCUUGAUUGAACUGUCCCUUGUUUUGUCUCGAUUGGAGUUCUAUUGAAACUUUACGAUAAAACUAUCGAAGACUGGUUUUUUCGUAUAAAUUUGAAUCAAUCGUAUAAAACGAUAACGGUGAUCAAUCUGUUUAUUUCCUUAUUAAAGAUAGCAAGAGGAACAAUGGAAAUGUUAUUGUGGAGAUGGAAAUGUCAUUGUGGAGCAUGUUGUUAUGUUGCUUCCAAAUGCAAUAAAAUACAGCCUGAGAAGCUAAUAGACGGGGCAGUCUUUUUCCUCUCGGCUAUGCUUCCAUUAGCCAACUUAUCAGGUCCGACCAUCGAAAGAAUGAUGAUUAUAUAUGUGUGGUGGUUAUUUGAUUUUUGAUUUGGUCUCGAUUUUGUUUAUUUUAGAUUUCGUUUGUUUUUGCUUACGAAUAAAACUCGGUUCAAGUCUUUUAAAUUUUAGUUCGAUUCACAUAAAAAUAUUGUAUAUUGGUUAAAUAUCUACUUGGAUAAAAUAUGAAGUAAAUUUGGAUUGUUUGAAUUAUACCAUUCAGAUGAGAUAUCUGGAUUAUUAUUAUUAUUUUUAAAGUAAAUCAAUUUAUAUUAUAUUCGAUAUUUACGAACAAAAAUAUAAUUAAUAGUUUAAGGUUUGCAUAUUUUAUACUGUAAAAGCCCAAUGAUCAUGAGCUAUAUAUAAGAAAGAUUGAUACACGAAUCCGUCGCUUGAUAUUAGGGUUGGUCUCCAGAUCUGGGAUUAAUUUGCGAGGUUUGAAGAGCGAUGCCGUGGAUGGGGAUGUCUCAGUUUUACGCAGGUGUAUAUGAGGUGGUUGAUGAUCCAUCGCUGGAUUCAAUAAUCUCAUGGAGCAAAAGCAACAAGAGUUUCGUCAUCUGGGAUCCGAAAGAACUAGUCGAAAAGAUUCUUUCGAGAUUCUUCCGCAACAAGUUGUCACAGUUUAUCAGCGAUCUUGAAUCCCAUGGAUUUGUAAGAAUUGAGGGGUCUGAGCACUUGGAAUUCGGACAUGAGCAAUACUUUGUGAGAGGUAAACCGGAGCUUAUGAUUAAGUUGCGUCGCAAAGUUGCCUCGGCUAGGGUUAAGAAAGAUAUCAAGGCAGCCAAAGAGGCAGAGAAGAACGGCUCUGUGGGAGAUCAACCUCCUAUUAGGAAGAUGAGUCUCAAAGAUGCACUUAUCAGGUUCGACCAAAUUAUGAGACCAUCAAAGAAAUCAUCAAAGAAAGCUAAAGCUAAAACGCCACUGGAGACAAUCGACGAGUGAUGCUAUUAAAGUAGACUUUGUCAUCAAUUGCUCUCUGUACUUCGGUUGUGAUAAGAGUACGCGAUAGUAACCGAUAGAUGUAGCUUCAAUUGUUUAGUCUUAGAAUGCCCAAGAGAACCUACGAAACCUGUUUCCGUUGAGACCAUAUCUCGUCCGACCGUAUCAAUGUCCGAGCCGGUCUUGAGUAGUGGUUUGGAGAGUAAUUGUUUGGACUUUGGAGAUGCAAACAAAAACAAGGCUCUGACUAGCAUAUAGAAAUUUCAAACACAAAUUUAACAUCGUGAUUCAUUACCUAGAAUGCAAGUGGUUGCUGCUACUUCAUUACAUAACUAAAGAGGGAACAAACUAGAGAAUGUACAAACUUUAACAACCAAGUCAAUUCUCAAACAACUUUAGAAUCGGAAUUGAAUAUCAAGUUUUCUAACAACAAAACAAGA